CGGCAUUCUGGUCCCGAACGCCCCUACCGUAGAGAAACCACCAUCCUGGCACCGGGCACCAGCGGGUUACAGCUGGAAUUAGUGAAGUACAGGUUUCCAUUCUUCCCAUUCCCUUGCAGUGUAUACGCCUUUUAUCUCUGAAUUGUAUCCAAAUCCCAACUCACCUGGCCAGUCAAGUCAAUUAUUCACCGCCUCGAGCAAAAAGUACCUCGUCUACACUCUCGGCGAUUUCCUAUCGCCCUUAGGCAACUUUGUCCCCGAUGCCAUGGCGGCGAAUAAGGGCACCACCCCGCCGAGCCCGCCGAGCUCGCCGUGCCUGCUCAAUGAGCUAAGCGUGGACAUCGUUAUCAACAUCCUCUCGGCAAGCAAUACACUAGCGGACUUGAGCGCGCUUAUUCACGCGUCGCCUUUCCUUUAUAACUGUUUUCUCCUGGCAAAGGCAUCGAUACUUCGUACCGUGAUAACGAAUGAACUCGGGCCGGCUGUCAGAGAUGCCUUUGUCCUCGCGAAUACCGAUAUGCUUACGAACUUGGACUUUGAGACCAAGCUUGACAAGGCCGUCAAAGAUUACCAUCGACACCAUCUGGCGGAAAAUGCACCCUGGGUCACUGGAAUCGAUGCUCACACUGCCGCCAAGAUGGCAAGGCUCACUCGCACGGUUCUCUUUUUUGUGGACAUCUACACACGAGUUCGCUUGGCAUAUUUCAGAGAACGAUCCGACGACGAGUCGGUCGACUGGCCCGCCACCCUAACAGAGCGCCGCCGCAUCGCCCAGGCUCUACUCCGGUGGCAGACUGUCAUCAACAUGCGUGGUGACGCUAUGUGGGAGGAGUGGGCCAUGUACGAGUCUUUCUUGGCCAAGGUCGUCCCCCUUUUUGAGUCCUGGGAGCUGGCGCAGAUAUCCGACAUGGACUGUUUUAUUUACGGGUUAACCAGCGCAUCAGCCAUCGUGCAGUUCAACAACCGCAGGCAGGGAAGUCCGAGAGGAACAGUCAACCUCAACCUCUGGCGGGACGCGUAUUACGAUCAGUACUUUCCGAGCCUGAUUGCAUUUCAUGCGAAUCUAAGGGACGCUCAGAGAACACACAGUGCGUUCUUGGAAACGGUGAUGAGAUCUCAUACAGUUUGGUACACGGAUUAUAUUAAGCCACGUUCAAACGGUUCCAUGUGGCUCGAAUCAAGCCAUUGGGCUCCUGGGGGAAUCGAGAUUCCGGCCCAGGCUACAAAAGGAUAUUCUAGCGGACCGAUCGAAGGCACGAUAGACAAAAUCACUUUCAAGGGAGAAACCCCUCUGGAACCGCCAUGGGCAUGGCUCCAUGCCUGGGACGGGUUAAGGGUGAACAGGUGGGGUGCUGCCAUGAUUCCGAAGGGCCUCCCGGACGGUGUCAGCUUUGACGAGCUCGAAGAGAUCAUCCGUUCGUUGAAAUUAUGGAGAUGGUUAGGCCUGAUGUUCUGGGACAAGGAUCGCGCUGAAAAGCUGUUGGAAUCGGUGCCCUUGGGAAGGUGCGAACAUGGCUGGCUUGCGGCGCACAUGAUGGCCAUCAAUGCAGACGACGACGAUGGAGAGGACGAUGCAGACGACGAUGAAGACGACGACGAUGGAGACGACGAUGCAGACGACGACAAUACAGAUCACGAUGGAGAUUACUACGACGCAGACGACGUUCAUGACUUCUUUUUGUCUUCUAAUUUGGCUUCACUGGCAAGUUUAUUUGGGCCCUGAUGAUAGGGAGAGAAUCACUUGGCCUGGUAGAAUCACUACCUAGAUACCAGUCUUUAGCAGUACUCCGUACAAUAUACUUAUAGGAACUUGCAGCG